AGUGAGAUUCAAUCUCCUUUCCUUGAAUCAAAAUAUUUUUUAACUAAACAUGUUAUGUGAUGUAUUUUUUGUUAAUGGGCUUUAAGUAGUUGGAUAAAAUAAGCUAAUUUAGCUCUUCAGAAAGCAUACUAUAAUUUUCAGAGAUAAGGUAAUAACCAUAGCUUUUAAGUCAACUUAAAUUACUAAUUAUAUCCAUUCAGAUUAGACUGUGUCCCAAAUUAGAGUCUAACUUGAGUUUUUUGUAUGGUAUGGAAUUUGCUCAGCCUUUGGCAGGAGUUUUUGUGUUGAUAACACAUAUAUAAUUUUUCAGUCUGUUUAUGUGAACUCUCUUUUCUGACAGACAUGUUGCUCCUCUGUUGUCCCUUGAAGAUACUAUCUUAAAGUUGUGUACCUCUUUAGAAUAUAAGAGAGAAGUACAAAUACAAAAAAUUGCACAUGAACAUUCAGUGGCAAGUGAGCCAGGCCUAGUAGCCCUUUUUUAUCCCAUUUUGUUUAUUUAAAGGCAAAGCAACAGAGACAGCAAGCUUCCAUCCUCUGGUUCAUUCCCCAAAUGUCUGCAACGGGCAGGUCUGGUCCAGGCGGAAGCCAGAAGCCUGGCACUCCAUGUGGGUCUCUCAUGGGUGGCAGGGACCUAAGUACUUGGGCUAUCAUUGCUGCCUCCCAGGUGCAUUAAGAGAAAACUGAAUUGGAAGCAGAGUAGCCAAGACUUGAACCUUUUUAGUGGGAAAUCUAGAAGUUUGUGAUCAGCAUCAUUCUUGCUAUUUGACCCAAUUCCCUCCAGAAGUAAGAGCUUUAAAAUUUGGGAUUUUUUUUUUUAAGAUUUUCAAAGCCAUGAGACAACUGAGAGUAAUAACUAGGAAGACCAAUUAUAUAACUUGAAUAUAUUUCUAUAUCUACCUUUCCUAAAUUGGUAGAAAAAAAUGUUUUGGGAAAAAUCAAGGAUCCAAUAUUGAAACCAAAUUGUUCACUGAACAUUUACCUGAUCCCUGCUGUAGACUUACUCUGUACUGUUGCAUACACUGCAUGAAUGAUUCCGAAGAUUGAACUUCUAGGAGUUACUAGAUGCUUGAUGUUUAUUUUGACAUUUAAUCUCAAAAAUUUGAUAGGUAGCCCCAUUUUUUCUAAUCUGGGAACUGGAAUUGAGAAAGGUAAAAUGACUUGGAAAGUUUUUCUGACUUUAAAAAAAAAACUCACAUCAGAUUUCUAAGUCUAGAAUAACUGUAGUCGGAGCAAAAUAUGGUGAUUGCUAAGUGAGAGCUAAGACCCUGUUAUGACAGUUCAGAAACAACAAUCUCAUGUUCUUAAGAAGGUCAGUAAGGACUUUGUGAAGGGAAAUUAGUUUGACCUUAAGUAGGAAGGAGAGACUUGGAUUUAGGCAUCCAUUCUAGGUAAAGGAAAGUAGGAACCUUGGCCAUGUCUUGCCAUUUUUGUCUUCAGAAUGUCUUCAUUGGAGAGACCUCAGAUACUCAUAUUGGAUUUGGGAGAGUUUGCUGAGUCUGUCUAUAAGGGUAAAGUUAGAAUUCUGGGGUUCCCCUUUCUACUUUUGAAACCCCAGAUUUGAUUAGAAAUUUUCUAAAGGUGUAUGGGAAUGCUUGCUGUACCUUAUAGAAUACCAAGAUUGGUUUGCUGGGCCUGUGAAGAGGCAGUAGUUUUGUUUGUUUGUUUGUUUGUUUUUUGACAUCAUCUCAUUUUCUUUAUCUCUACCUCCAACUGUAUAUCUGAGGUAGCAGUUUGAAUAUCUUCAGGAUGUUGUGGAUAUAGUCCUAGUCCCUCAGCUUCAGGAAUGUAUCAAGUGGCUGCUUUGAGUGCCUAGAGACUCCAGAUUGGAAUAAAACAAUUGCUCUUUUGGACAGUGUCCUAUAGUUUGAGUAAUGCCUCACAAAAGUGAUGAAAUAUUUGUAAGAGGAGAGGAAAUUUCUGGGCAUGGGGGACUUUUCCAGGCUUACCAAGUAUCUAGGGAGAAGAUGGCAAAUAGAGAAAAACACACAAUUUAUUUAAAUCUUGGCCAGAGAGCCUAUUAAGUAUUUGAGGAAGAAAAAACUAGGUUUGUAGUCUAGAAUAAUCACACAAUAGGACUGUCUGUCCCAUUCCCCUCAGAAGGAGGAAAUUGAAAUUCCUAUUUUACUUAAAAUAGUUAGUCCUCCAUCUUGAAGUGGUUUUAUAAAAAUGUUUAGUUAUGGACUGCUAGCCUCAAUAACAGUUUUGCCAGCUGUUGGUUUUGUGAACUUCCCCAAAACAAAGGUAAAUGUUAAACAAAACUCUGCUUUUAGAUAGCAGUAGUCUUUUCCAAAGUUUACUGCCCUUUUCCUGGAAGCUGUAUAGAUAGUUCCGUUUUCCAGGUGGGGUUGCGUGUCGGUCUGUGUGUAUGUACACUGUAUGUGUUGUACAGGUGCUUCCCUUCUCCCAGCCCUUUUAGAGUUGACGGCUUUGUCUCUGAUUGUUCAGUAUAACAGUUUACAGAUUCACUGAGAGAGCUUGUGUAGUAAUGCUUGCUUUAUUUUUUUUUCUCUUCCACUCUUGUUUUAUUUUUUACUUUUUUUUCCUUUGUGAUGUGACAUUUUCAGCUGAUGUAUUGAAAGCAAAUCCUUCUAAUUUGGGAGCCCAGAUCACAAGAAGAUUAAAAGAUCUCAAACAGAGAGAGUUUGCCCGAAAUGUCUCCUCAAGAUCCCGCAAGGAUGAGAAGAAACAAGAAAAGGCCCUUCGGAGACUGCACGAACUGGCAGAGCAAAGAAAGCAAGCUGAAUGUGCACCUGGAAGUGGUCCCAUGUUCAGACCCACCACAGUGGCUGUAGAUGAAGAAGGAGGAGAUGAUGAUAAGGAUGAAUCAGCUGCAAACAGUGGCUUUAGUACCACUGCUGCCAGUGGCCCGGGAUCUGAAUUCUCCACCGAUAAAGGAGGCCCCUUCACUGCCGUGCAAAUCACUAACACCACUGGACUAGCACAGGCUACUGGGUUAGCCUCCCAAGGCAUCAGCUUUGGCAUUAAGAAUAAUCUGGGGACCCCAUUGCAAAAAUUAGGAGUGUCGUUUUCUUUUGCCAAGAAGGCUCCUGUCAAACUGGAAUCAAUAGCAUCCGUUUUCAAGGACCAUGCAGAGGAAGGGACCUCUGAAGACGGAGCAAAAACAGAUGACAAGGGUUCUGACCAAGGGCCACAGAAGGUGGGAGACUCUGAUGGCAGCAGUAAUCUUGAUGGUAAGAAAGAGGAUGAAGAGCCUCAGGAUGGGGGAUCCCUAGCCUCAACGUUAUCCAAGUUAAAAAAAAUGAAGCGGGAAGAAGGAGCCGGGGCUACAGAGCCAGAGUAUUACCACUACAUCCCCCCAGCACACUGCAAAGUGAAACCUAAUUUUCCCUUCCUACUGUUUAUGAGAGCCAGUGAGCAAAUGGAAGGUGAAAAUAGUCCACGCCCAAAGAAUUCCCUGGAGAGCAAAAAAAGCAGUUCUCCCAAACCUAAAGGCUGCGUCAAGGUGGCAGCCAGCCAAGGAGCAGAAAAGACAGUUAGCGAAGUCUCCGAGCAGCAGAAGGAAGUCGGUGCAACUGCCCCCUCAGAGCCCGGGAGCAAAGUGGAGACAAAGACGGCCUCGGGAAGUGAUGUGAGUGAGCAGAGUGGGGAGAGCCAGAGUCGGAAGACUUCAGAGAACCAACUGUGUGAGUCUAACCCUUCUAAAGAAACUUCUCAGGCCACCCCAGCAGGGAAAGAAAGUCAGGAGGGGCCCAAGCAUCCCACUGGUCCCUUCUUCCCUGUUUUGAGCAAAGAUGAAAGCACUGCCCUCCAGUGGCCGUCAGAACUACUGAUUUUCACCAAGGCGGAGCCAUCCGUCUCAUACAGCUGUAACCCUUUGUACUUUGACUUUAAACUUUCACGGAACAAAGAUACCAGAGCUAAAGGGACAGAAAAACCAAAGGAUAGUGGAGGCUCCUCAAAGGACCAUCUGGAAGGUCUUGAUCCUGGUGAACCAAAUAAAAGCGGGGAAGGGUGCGAGAAUGUGCUGCAUUCCUCGGGAGGCAGAAUGGAUGCACCUGUAUCAGGAUCUGCCUGUAGCAGCCUGAGCAAGCAGGAGCCUGGGGGCAGCCAUGGGUCCGAGCCAGAAGACACAGGGAGAAGCCUCCCCAGCAAGAAAGAACGAUCUGGGAAGUCUCACCGACACAAAAAGAAAAAGAAGCACAAAAAAUCGAGCAAACACAAACGGAAACAUAAGACUGACGCAGAAGAGAAAAGCUCUAAGGCAGAGUCUGGGGAGAAGUCUAAGAAGCGCAAGAAGCGAAAACGAAAGAAGAAUAAGUCAUCAGCCACAGCUGAUUCUGAGCGAGGACCCAAACCAGAACCCCCUGGGAGUGGCAGCCCUGCACCGCCAAGAAGACGGCGGCGAGCACAAGAUGAUUCCCAACGGAGAGCCCUCCCGGCUGACGAAGGGAGCAGUGGCAAGAAGGAUGACGGUGCAGGUGGUAGCAGCUCCCAGGAUCAUGGUGGGAGGAAACACAAAGGUGAACCUCCAGCUGCAUCCUGCCAGCGAAGAGCUGGCCCCAAACGGAGCAGUCGGUCUAGCCAUCGGAGCCGACCCAGUAGUGGGGAUGAGGAUAGUGAUAAUGCUUCAUCACACCGCCUACACCAGAAGUCUCCGUCCCAGUACAGUGAGGAGGAGGAGGAAGAGGAAGAUUCGGGCAGUGAACAUUCCCGCAGCUGCUCCCGAUCUGGCCGGCACCAUUCGUCACACCGUUCCUCUCGGCGUUCCUACUCCAGUAGCUCAGAUGCCUCUUCCGACCAGAGCUGCUACAGUAGACAGCGCAGUUACUCUGAUGACAGCUAUAGUGACUAUAGUGACCGAUCACGAAGGCACUCCAAGCGCUCCCAUGACUCGGAUGACUCAGACUAUGCCAGCUCCAAGCACCGGUCCAAGCGACAUAAAUAUUCCUCCUCUGAUGACUAUAGCCUCAGUUGCAGCCAAUCCCGAAGCCGGUCUCGGAGUCAUACCCGGGAGCGCUCGAGAUCCCGGGGCCGCAGCCGCAGCAGCAGUUGUAGUCGCAGUCGGAGCAAGCGGAGAAGCCGCAGCACUACAGCCCAUAGCUGGCAGCGGAGCCGGAGCUAUAGCCGGGACCGCAGCCGCAGCACCAGGAGCCCUUCACAGAGAUCAGGCUCCAGAAAGGGAUCGUGGGGUCACGAGAGCCCCGAGGAGAGGCGUUCUGGGCGUCGGGACUUCAUUCGCUCUAAGAUCUACCGUUCCCAGUCCCCCCACUAUUUCCGAUCAGGCCGAGGAGAAGGUCCUGGGAAGAAGGACGAUGGCAGAGGAGAUGACAGUAAGGGGACAGGCCCACCCUCUCAGAACAGCAACACGGACCCAGGAAGGGGAUCAGAAAGUGACUGUAGCCCUGAAGACAAGAAUUCUGUCACUGCCAAACUGCUUCUAGAGAAGAUCCAGUCAAAGAGAGUGGAGAGGAAACCCAGUGUGAGUGAGGAGGUGCUGGUCACCCCUAAUAAAGCUGGGCUUAAGCUCAAGGACCCCCCUCAGGGUUACUUUGGACCCAAACUCCCCCCAUCUCUCGGCAGUAAGCCUGUCCUUCCACUGAUAGGGAAGCUCCCAGCUAACCGAAAGCCCAACAAGAAAUGUGAAGAGGCUGGCUCGGAAAGGGGGGAAGAGCAAGAACAGUCAGAGACAGAAGAGGGGCCCCCAGGGAAUAGUGAUGCCGCAUUUGGGCAUCAGUUCCCCUCAGAGGAAGCAGCUGGUCCCUUAUCAGACCAACCCCAAGAAGAGCCAAAGCCAGAAGACGCUACUGCUGGUCACCCUGUGGCUCUGCUCGGUACCCCACCACACUCUGACUGCUACCCUGGGAACCCAGCCAUUUCCCAUAACUACCUCCCUGACCCCAGUGACGGGGACGCCCUCGAGGCCCUGGAUAGCAGUAGUCACCCAGGCCCUGUGGAAGCCAGCUUGCUGCCUAUCACGCCAGACCUUGACCACUUACCUGGUUACGCCCUUCCCAGCGGGGAACCUGGUAUGGAGUCCACAGACGGGGCGGAGGACGCUUCGUUGGCCCCCCUGGAGAGCCAGCCCAUCACCUUCACCCCCGAGGAGAUGGAGAAGUACAGCAAGCUCCAGCAGGCCGCGCAGCAGCACAUCCAGCAGCAGCUUCUGGCCAAGCAAGUGAAGGCCUUUCCCGCCUCAGCAGCCCUGGCCCCGGCCACACCAGCCCUGCAGCCUAUCCACAUCCAGCAGCCAGCCUCCGCCUCCGCCACCUCCAUCACGACUGUCCAGCAUGCCAUCCUGCAGCAUCAUGCUGCAGCAGCGGCCGCCGCCAUUGGCAUUCACCCCCACCCGCACCCCCAGCCUCUUGCCCAAGUGCAUCAUAUUCCCCAGCCCCACCUGACCCCCAUUUCCUUGUCCCACCUCACUCACUCAAUCAUCCCUGGUCACCCUGCCACCUUUCUCGCUAGCCAUCCCAUCCACAUCAUUCCUGCCUCUGCCAUCCAUCCUGGGCCCUUCACCUUCCACCCUGUCCCACAUGCUGCCCUCUACCCCACGCUGCUUGCCCCACGGCCUGCUGCAGCAGCGGCCACUGCCCUCCACCUUCACCCACUACUUCACCCCAUCUUCUCAGGUCAAGACCUGCAACACCCCCCCAGCCAUGGCACAUGAGUUGGAGGGUGGGAGCCUAGGGAAGGUGAUGGGUAAAUCUUCCUGUGGGGGUGUUGAGCCAUUGAUACCAGCAAGUGGAAGCUGGAAUGGGCAGUGUCUGAGAGCCAAAGAAUCGAGUUUUGGCUUGCAGGGAUGGGUUUAGAUUUGAGGUUUGCUUUGGGUUUACUAUCAGGGAAAUUUUUUUCCUUUCCUCCUUCCUAUUUGUCCCUCACUCUCCUGUGUUUCUAAGCAAGGGAACACCCGUAAGUGCUACCCACCCCUCUGCGGCAUCUCCAGACUGUCAAGUUUAGGUCGUCCCCUCCUCCCUCUACUCUUUAUUCUCUACUCUUCCCUCCUAUAAAUUUUAAAAGCAUUAUCCCUCCUUUUUCUCUGGUGGGUUGUCACCAAAGCACUUGUCAUGGGUCCAUCUGGUCUUGCUUUCUCAGUGCCACAAGGAAGACCACGCUGUCCCUCUGGCUUUGACCAGCCCUUGGAGACCUGGCGUUGUCCCAGGUGAGGUGGAAAGGGAGUCUGUCCUAGAACCAGAUGCAACUCAGGCUGCAGUCGGUCCACAUCCCACAAAACAGAGCCACACAUUGGGCACUGCUGUCCUCAUGUCCCUCAUCCCAGAAGAGGCAUCUGCAUAUCCCAGGAAAGAAGAUCCUAUCAUGAAUAGAAGCUGUGCGGAACAUAGAGUCACCCGUGUGCUUCCUGAGAGGAGCGUGCGUGUCUGAAGGGGAUAUUUUCUUCUGUUGUGUUGAUGUUUCCUUCUUAAUUUAUAGGAUUUUUAAUGUAAAAAUUGCACUGAACUCUAUAAACAUAAAUGCUGCUUUUUGUAGCUCAUAUAAAAAAGGUUCCAUAUUUGUAGUAUACUGCAAUAUUUUUUACAUUCAGCUCUUUAAGUGAUCCUUGUUCUGGUGGCUUUGUGUAAAUAUGUUUGCCCUAGUUGGAUUAAGAAACUUUAAAGGUUAUAAAAUGAAAACAAAAAUAAAGUAUUUGUUUUCUGCUAGAUGCAAAAAUGACUAAGCAUGUAUAUUUUAUCAAGCUCAUGUAUUUUUUGAAGUUACGAACUAUAAAAAUGCUAAAACUUUUUGCUAGGGCAAAAUGUUAAGUCUUCUAGUAAGUAAGUGGUGUCCUCAGUCCUGGGAUUUUGAACUAACAGUCGGCAUUCAGCUGGGAGUGUGAGGGUGUUCGGUUGGGACAGUCUUCCUCAUGCUUUGUUGAGAGACAGGUGGACCCCACAGAGGAGGAGGAAGAGAUUGAGUGAUUAGCUGGGAAGAUUCCCAAGUUACCCUGGGCACCUCGCUCAGGCGGCAUUUGCCUUCCUAGUACUUAGCCCCCCUGACUUUUUUUCAUGUGCCUUUUGGGUUGGCCAGAAACUGAAGUAGCUUGGGGGCUGGCGGGGCUCCGUUGUUGGGAGAUGAGCACGUGUACAGACUUAAGAUUCUUUUGCUUCAUAUUCCAUGCCUUCUGCCUAGCUCAGUUUGAGCAGUAAAGCUUCCUUUUUUUUCUUCUUCUUCUUUUCUCCCAUGACUUUGACAAGAGGAAUUUCAUCUGAGCCCCUCUCCCCUCUUCCUGCCUUCCAUCCCAGCUCAGCCCUGACUGACGCUGACGCAGAGUUGCUCGUGUGGCAGUUCCCCUAGCCUUGGUGUAGCCGAUGCUUCCCUCUUGGGCGUUUCCCCACGUAUUCCUGUGGCUAGAAUUGGCUGGGGGUCAACUGACAGGACAGGCAACAGACUUACCUGGGCCAAGGCUCUGUGUUCCUGCCUUUCUUCUCAAAUUCCCAAAAUUAAAAAAAAAAAAAAAAAGGUUUAGAGUCUAUGAGCAGACAAGGCUCUGGACUGCGCUGCCUCCUACCUGUUCGGUGCUCCUUGUAUGAAUCAGAAGCAUCACUUUUUGGAUAACUAGCACUGGGAAAAUGAAAUCAUCUGUUUGAAGUGAAGGGACUCAUUUUCUUUUCUUUUAGCCCAUGUAAAUAUUUAAAUAAUACAGUAUUAACAUUUCCAUGCUGCUUCCCAUUAGCUUGUAGAUUGAGCCGUACUCUGGCCGCCUCUCUGCCUUCCUGGGGGCAGUUUUCUUUAACUUUGAGAAUAGUGAUUUAAAAAACAAACAAAAUAACCUAUCCUUACUUACAAGCAUAACAGAUUGUAUUUAACUUUAUCACAUACGAUAGAGAUAUAUAUGCUGUAAAAUGAGGGAAAGGAACUUUCUAAUAAACCAAUGAUUUGUGGAAA